GGCGCUUGUCAGGCUAUGUUGCUAGGUCGUUAGCAAUCAGUUGAUUACAAGUCAGAGUUACAGACAGCAAUAUCUAGCGUCACGACUGUGCUCACAAUUGUUUUCUGACUGCAUAUCUGAAAGGGCGGAGUGGAAAUGGCUGCUGGUUCAUGUUAUUGUGCAUUUGUGGUCGCUCUCACCUGAUUAAGACUUGUGCUAACUUUAGCUUGUUAGCAAUCCUGGUUGUUUACUGCCCCACCGCUCUGGCUCUGCGGGAAAUCCUAAAGUACAUUCAGCCGAUUUAAGGAGAAUCCCACGUUUACAAGAUGUUCCUGGUGGGACUGACGGGAGGUAUCGCCUCAGGGAAAAGCGCGGUGUCUUCCAUGCUGCGGGAGCUCGGGUGUCCCAUUAUUGAUGCGGAUGUUGUAGCAAGGAAAGUUGUGGAGCAGCACACUCCGGCCUAUUCCCGCAUCGUUUACCACUUUGGACCGGAGAUCCUCCUCGAGAAUGGCGAGAUCGACCGGCAGAAACUUGGUCAGCUCAUCUUCGCCGACGAGGAGAAGAGGAAGCUGCUGAACUCCAUCACCCACCCAGAGAUCCAUAAAGCAAUGCUCAAAGAGAUCCUGUUGUACUUUCUGAGAGGAUACCGUUAUGUUGUGCUGGAUGUGCCCCUUCUCUUCGAAACAAGACGUCUCACUAAGUUUCUCAACCACACUGUAGUAGUCUACUGUGACCCCGCCACUCAGCUGCUGCGCCUGAUGCAGAGAGACGGUCUGACACAGGAGCAGGCCGAGCAGCGCGUGGCUGCACAGAUGCCGCUCAAUGAAAAGCGCGGCCUGGCCAAUCACGUUGUUGAGAACUCGGGCAGCCGAGAGGACACCCACCGGCAGGUCCUGCGACUGCACACACGGCUGGAGGACUCCAUGGACUUCCUCUUAGUGAGGGUCAUUGCUAUCGCUGCCACUACUAGUCUGGGUGGUAUUCUGCUGUAUGCAACCAAGAUACUUUUGUCCUAACAGAGGACAGACGAGGGGGAAACAAAGCGUUUGGUCCUAGAUGAGGGAGGAAGCAGGCGAAGGCACAGCGGGGGGGGUCCCGAUGCAAUUUACUGUGAGAUUAGUUUCCCAGCACCCAUCACUACAGUUCAGUGGUGAGACAUGCUCUGUUUGCUGUUAACACCGACUUACAUUAUUGACACAACAUGCACUGACAAAUGUGGUUUAGUGUGAAGGGUUUGAAUGUGCAAUUUCUUUCAGUUUUACUCAGAGACCUUUGAAAACAUGAAGGUGAUACCUUAGAGUUUUUGCCCAAUGCAGAAAACACGUUUAGGGCCCCAAAACAGUGAUCACGGUUUGGGCCUAAGAACUAGCUAAACUCUUACUUUGGUGCCGUAUGCAACACAUAACUAACAUCAGCAAUAUCAGUCAAGAAAUACUCAUUCUAGUAUAUAAGACGUUUUAUUUUAUUGCACAUUUUAUACCCUAUGAUGAUCUCCAAAUAAGAAAUGUUGCUUGAUAACUUACAUUAUGAAUAAACAAAAGGAACAAGAGCAGAAAAAUGAAGAUAGUUGCACAUUCUUAAAACCGUACUUAACGUUUAUUUCCAGUUUGAGACAAAUCCCAGCCCUAUCACCAGUGAUACAUGUGCGAAAUCAUAGGAUGGACUCAAAUACCCAACAUGAAUGGCCCUGAUACUUACAGAAUGUGUAAUAUGAUUGUAUGUUGAUGAUAUGUAUAAUUUAGAUGUGACUGGAGAUAUUUGACAAUCCAUUUGUAAUGGGAACAGAAUUACCAGACUUUAUAAUUAUAUACUGUAACACUGUAUUUUCGUACACUUGAAGCGGCUCUCUGUAAAUACCAAGUCUGUGAUUUUAUUUUCUGUGCACACUCACUUGUCACUAAAACACAACAUUUGUAGCAGCUGCUUGAAUGAAUUAUAAAAGCGCUACUGUUUAAAAAAAUAACAACUGUCA